CAACAAGCUGCAGCUCACGGUAAGCAGGUCAAAGGUCAGAGGUCACGGCAGCCCGACGGGCCGGAGCGCAGCGGCCAGGUAAAAGAGGCACGAGCUGCUCGGACUCAGGUGGGUCGCGUUCCGUCUUUGAUCCCGCGCGACGGUGCCGAUCCGCGCUCGUACGCCUUCCUCUGUCACCAAACUACAACUCAACAUGGAAAAGUUCACCGCCUGCGACACGUGACUGAACGCGGAAGCGGAAACGGAGCAGCGAGUCGCCAACAGCUGAGCAGGAGCAAAACAUCCUCUAUCGGCGAGAUACCUCACGCGGCUGCGGAGUGACACGUCUUCCCUUCCUGCUGCUCUCUGGCCACAGCUCCAGCUCCAGCUAGCAAAGCGGGGCUAAUCCGGCUAACGGGCUAACAGCUAUCGGCUAGCUCAGUGGCGCUAUGAUGGCGGAGCUGGUGCAGGGACAGGCCUCGAUGAGCCAGCCGGGGCUGAAGUCAGACGGCCUGGCCGAUGCUUUACAGAGGGCCCGGCAGAUGGCUGUUAAGAUGGGAGGUGAAGCCAUGUCCCACCUGAACAGCUCGUCAGGAGGCGUGGAGCAGUCGCUGUACUACCAAGGACAGAAACGACCCGGCGAGGACGGAGUGGGAAACCAGCUAGCAGCCAUGGGACAUCAAAGGGUAAUCACAGAGGAUUACAAAGUCCCUGACAGGAUGGUCGGCUUCAUCAUCGGCAGAGGAGGUGAGCAGAUCACCAGGAUCCAGCUGGAGUCCGGCUGCAAGAUCCAGAUCGCAGCGGACAGCGGAGGUCUGAUGGAGAGGCCGUGUUCCCUGACUGGAACUCCAGAGAGCAUCGAGCAGGCAAAGCGGAUGCUGGUCCAGAUCGUGGACCGCUGUAGGAACGGCCCGGGUUUCCAUGGCGACGGGGAGGGCGGGGCCUCUGUGCAGGAGAUGCUGAUUCCAGCCAGUAAGGUGGGGCUGGUGAUCGGCCGGGGAGGAGACACCAUCAAACAACUGCAGGAGAGGGCGGGGGUGAAGAUGAUGAUGAUUCAGGACGGUCCGAUGCCGACGGGAGCUGACAAACCUCUGCGCAUCUCUGGAGACCCGUACAAAGUGCAGGCGGCGAGGGAGCUGGUGUUGGAGGUGAUCAGGGAGAAGGAGGGAGAUUUCAGGUCGGGACGCAACGACUUCACUGCCCGACUGGGAGGAACCAGCCUGGACGUUUCAGUUCCCAGGUUUGCCGUCGGCAUCGUGAUCGGUAGAAACGGAGAGAUGAUCAAAAAGAUCCAGAACGAUGCCGGCGUCCGAAUCCAGUUUAAAGCAGAUGAUGGCAUCAGUCCAGAGCGUGUUGCCAUGGUGAUGGGUCAGCCAGACCGCUGUCAGCAUGCUCUCCACCUCAUCAAUGACCUCAUCCAGACCGCACAGGAGCGGGACGGGUUUGGCUCGGCCAUGCGUAGUGGGCGGGUCAGAGGUCGUGGUGAUUGGACGAUGGGCUCACCUGGUCCCCUGCAGGAAGUCACCUACACCAUCCCUGCUGACAAGUGUGGUCUGGUCAUCGGAAAAGGCGGGGAGACCAUCAAGAGUAUUAACCAGCAGUCUGGAGCUCACGUGGAGCUGCAGAGGAACCCGCCCCCCUCCACCGACCCCAACACCCGGGUCUUCACCAUCCGAGGCUCCGCCCAGCAGAUGGACCUCGCCCGCCAGCUCAUAGACGACAAGAUCGGGGGUUCAGGUAUUAUGAGCAACGGAGGUUUUGGCUUCAGUCCCUUCACUCAGGGCCCUGCUGCUCACCAGAACUGUGGCAGUGGUCAGACCUUCCUGACAGGCGGUUGGGGAAACACCUACCAGACCAGCUGGCAGAGCGCCGGACAGCAAGACCCUGGUCACAGUAUGGCUCAGACAGGCCAAAUGGACUACUCUAAAGCAUGGGAGCAGUACUAUAAGAAGCUAGGUCAGCAGAACCAGCCUCAGAACAUGAUGACAGACUACAGUAAGGCCUGGGAAGACUACUACAAGAAACAGAGUCAGUCAUCCCAGCAGAGUUCGGUGCCAGACUACAGCGCAGCGUUAGCAGAAUACUACAGACAGCAGCCCUACCUGUGGAACCCCGCCCAGAUCCAGGAUCAUUAGAGGCUCCUCCCACCGGCAAAGGCUUUCGGAUGGUCGUCAACGGCAACCGAACGGGGGUUUCCUAGCAACGCUCUGCCGCUUCCUCCUUCCUUUUUGUAGAGAAACUAAGGAUUAACUGAAAAUCACGAACUCUUUUCUUUCUGUUUUUUAACCUUAAAGUUGAUAUUUUGUCGGGCAGAUUUUUGGACUAGCCUCCGGUCUCCACAGCAUAGACCAGGUUUUCUUUUGUUUUGUUUUAUUUUUUAUCAAACUUGAACUUAAAGAUGUAUCAGUGUGGCUUUGAACAAAAAUCCAGUAUAAUCUAUAUUUUGUCUAGUUUUUUUUUUUUUUUCCAAUAAAAAAAAAACGGUAUAAGGCUUAGCAGUCUUGAGUAAGAAAAUCAGAUAUUAUAUUAUUAUUUUGUUUAUGAUAAAGUUUUAAAGCAUGCGUCAGAUUGUGUGUGUUGACUCAGUUUAUUUUUCUUUUUUUUUUCUUUUUUUUUCUUUUUUUUUUUUUUUUUUGGCAUAGAAUCGUUUUAAUGGCGUCAGAUGGAAAUGUAAAGUUUUACCGUCAGAGACAAAAGUUGUUUUUGUACUAAAUCUCGCUAAAAUGCUCGCCGGCUCUGUUCGCUCCACGUUCAUUUUACCUGUUCAGUCGCCAUCAUGGAGGUGCAAUGACGCGUUUUUCUCCUUUUUUGUUUUUUGUUUUUGUUUUUGUUUUGGUUUGAUGAUAGUUGUUAUUCCUGUAUCUCUAGUGAUUCUUUAGUUUUUAUGAUGUUAAUGAUGAAUAAAUGAUGAUUUGUAUUGAGUUGUGUAAAAAGCCAGAUCUCUCUGUGGUCAAACACUUCCUGUUUCCCGUCGGAGAGCUCAGCCAGCGCCAGCCGGCCGGUUUCCCUCCUCCAUGUUUUGUUAUUUCACGAGUGGAAAGCAAAAAAAAAGCAAAAAAAAAAAAAAAAAAAAAACGGAAAAAAAAAGAAAAAAACAACCUUGUAUUUUCUAGACAAAGUGAAACGUUAUCAUUAUUAUUGUUCUGACUCUGUUUUACUGUGCUCUCAUUUUGUCUGUUGAAGUGUUACGAGCUCAACAAUGAAGUUCUAGAUUUUUCUAGAGGUUUGCGUUAACUAAGCGGCGUGUGUGUGUGUGUGCGCGCAUGUGUGUGUGUGUGUGUGUGCCUUAGCUGAUCCACCGUUUGGCUAACGCGCACACCAUGUUAGCUGAAUGGUGUGUCGGCUAAAUGGUGUACGCGUGUGCGGGCUGAACGGGCUGUGUGUGUGUGUGUGUGUGUGUGUGUGUGUGUGUGUUGGACCACAGAGAGCGGGCGUGGCGUGGCAGGGCGUGGCGUGGCGGUGGGGGACGGGCUGAUGUCGUGUUGACCUGAGUCUGGCUGUGCUCUGUUUGUGUGACGAUGAUAAUAAUGACGACGAUAAUAAUGAGUUCUCCUGUUGGAGUCUAUUUAAAUCUGUUUAUCCAUGAUGAAUAUUCAGUUUGUCAAUAAGAGAAUAUGGUUUAUGUAAAUUUCCACUCUCUGGCGGGUGCUCUCCAGUUCAAUGUACUUUGUUAUCCUGUUAAAAAAUUAUAUUGUUGUUUAAUUCACAUGUUGUAUCUCACCGAUUGCGAGGAGAAGUUGAAUAUGUUAUAUUCUCAAGACUGCUAGGCUAACUGUCUCUUUCCUGUCUCUCUCUCUGCCUGUCUGUCUGUCUGUGUGGAAGCCGCCCUGCUAGCACGUCUGCGGGACUCGGGGGUUUUCUUUUUGGUUUUGGUUUGGGGUUUUUGUUUUUUUGUUUGUUUGUUUUGGGGUUGUUGUUUUUUUUCCCAGCGUGUCUGCUUUCGGACCAGGACACGAACGCGGCGCGUUAGCCUCGGCGGCGAGGCGAGGCGAGGCGUGGCGUGGGCGUGGCGGGCGCGCUGAGCGGUCCCGCAGACGGCUAGCCCGGCGGCUCCGAGGCGAGGAGAGCUGUAGUCGUGGGGUUUUACUCCCCAGAAAAUACAAAAUGUGCAGGAGCGGACGGCGAGCCGGCGCCCGGCCCCCGGGGGCGGGACCGGCCGCGACGCCGACGCCGCCGCGCGCUCCUGGUUAGAUCUUCCUAGCCCCGCCCUCGUCCCAGAGCGGAGACGAGGUGCGUUUGGUUUCAUGGUUUCUGUUAUUUUUCUAAUGGACAGACGUCCUAACUGUAACCUGCAGAUUUUUCUAUUAGAUUCUAUUGACAGAUAGAGUUGUAUUGAACCCGAGCCACGAGACUGUCGGUGGCCGAGGAAGAGGAAGAUGAACGAUGAUGAUGAUUAACAUGAGGGCUAAUAAACAGCUCAUUCUUUCUGA